AUGCAUCCUUUACGAGAGCGUGCGUGUGAUGAGCUGCUAGAACAUCCACUUUUGCGAACUCCACCGCCGGAGCCGGAGCGGCCGCGCCCGCCGCGCGUCCGUAAGCCCAGGGAAUUCAAACUUCCGCCAAGAUUUCCUUUGCUAUCGAAAGAUUUCUACGCAACAUGGUGUAAUCACCAAAAAGAGUUGCAAAUGGCAAAACACAAAGUAGACGAUCACCCACCAGAACUAUUCCCAGAGUUGUACCUAAAACCCCGUCGCCUCGACUACUACGCGCGUCAGCUUGAAGAGAACAUGAAUGUCAAUAAGGAACUCUUGAAACGAAUCAAUCUUAUACAAAGGACUGGCGGCUUCGUGGACUGUUGGAUGUAUCCUGAGCCAACAGACACGUACAACAAGCUGCUGUGUCAGCAAAGACAACGAGUACUCGACGAAAUACGCAAGCAAAACCAUUACCUGUACUCUAGACUUCUUAUAGCGAGAUCAGAACAGCCACUUACGAAAGAAUUAGAAGAACUCUGGAAAGACACAAAACACAAGCUUAUACUAGGAGCUUCACUACCAUUCAUACUAUUUAAGACUGAAAAAAUCGAUCGCGACAUUAAAGACCCUGCAUUUGACAAACCACCCAACAUUCAGCGAACCAAGGUGUCUAUGGAAAUAUGGGUUGCUGGCGGUUCUAAGAUUGGACGCGUUACUAUAGAACUGUUCACGGAUAUAGUACCCAAAACAUGUCAGCUCUUCAUGACUUUAAUAAAAGGAGACCCAAAGGGACACGCAUACAUGGGAACCAGAAUAUUUAGAGUUGUUCCUAAUUUAUAUUGCCGUGGAGGAGAUGUUACAAAGGAUAAUGGUUUCGGUACUUAUAUCCCAGAUAACCUGACUGACCCAAUCGGACCUGAAAAUUUUAGACUAAAUCACACUGUACCUGGAGUCCUCUCAAUGGUUGUGACUUCUGACAAUGAAGUUUAUGGGCAGUUUAAUAUCAUUUUUAAACCUUUACCACAAUUUGAUGGAAAUCACGUUGUUUUCGGGAGAAUAAUCGCUGGGCCGACACAAGCGCUCGAGCGCAUCAGCGCGCUGGGCCUGCCGCUGGGCGCGACGUCGUCCGACUGCGUCGUGCGCGGCUGCGGCUGGCUCACGCGCUCGGGGCAGUACCGCGAGGGCAACCCUAACACUAUAAAGUUUCCACCGCGACGUAAGAUCAAGAAGUAGACUUGAAUAUACUAUUUAUAAAACUAUUAUCACUAUCAUGUUUAGUAUAUAUGAUGUAUGAGGCGAUAUCAACUGAGUGGAAUAAAUAAAAAUUAUUUAAGUGUAUCGGAA